AAGCUAAAACUAGAAAUAAAAUGUGGUUCUUCAAACAUGACAACACAUUUCUUACAGUAGAUAUUUUUAAGUGAUAAGUUGUAUUUUUUUUAAAAAGAUCUCGUAACAUCUGCGUCUCCGAACCAGUUUUUUUAGCUGAGCUGAGGGAAAAGAGGCUCUUAGGUUGGAAAGGUUCAGACUCCGGUCCAUGGGAUAACAGACUUCAACGGCCAGUAAGCAACGCGCGCGCCUUGUCCAGGCCUCUUCUGACGUCAGAGCAAAUCUCCGAAGCAAGUGGAUGGGACACGAGGUGAGAUCCUGGUGUUUAUAGAUCCGCUCUUUAAUCCAGGUCAGCCUCGUAGCCCCCAAUGUUUACUUCUCCGGCAUGUCCUGUCGAGCCAGCUGGGACGCGUUGCUCCGCAACAUCUCACCUUCUGGCUCAUUUCUGGGAAGCCAUGCUUGUUCCUCACGCGGACGGCCCUGAAGCCUCUCCUCGGGUUGAACGGUUCCUCCUCUCGGCCACGGAUCUUGUCGACAGCUGCGGCUCCUCUCCGGCUCCAUGAUGGCGAUGUUCCGGAGCUUUGUCUCAGCGAGCACCCAGCUCCGCCCGCAGCAGCAGUCCAGCGGCGGCUCAGGCUCGCGCGCAGCCCCUUCGGAGGGCAUCGAGAGCCAGUUCUCCUGUCCCAUCUGCUUAGAGGUCUACCACAAACCCGUCAGCAUCGCCAGCUGCGGACACACGUUCUGUGGGGAGUGUCUGCAGCCAUGCCUGCAGGUCGCCUCGCCGCUCUGCCCCCUCUGCCGGGUACCCUUUGACCCCAAGAAGGUGGAGCGCUCCUCCAGUGUAGAGAAACAGCUGGCCUCCUACAAAGCACCCUGCAGGGGCUGCAGCAAGAAGGUGUCUCUGGUGAAGUUAAGGUCCCACAUUUCCUCCUGCUCCAAAGUACAGCAGCAGAUAGCCAACUGUCCCAAGUUUGUCCCUGUGGUGUCCACCUCCCAGCCUGUACCAAGCAAUAUUCCAAACCGAUCAACAUUUGUGUGUCCAUUCUGUGGGGCCAGAAACCUGGACCAGCAGGAACUGGUGAAGCACUGUAUGGAAAACCACCGGAAUGAUCCCAAUAAAGUGGUGUGUCCAGUGUGUUCAGCCAUGCCAUGGGGAGACCCCACCUAUAAGAGCUCCAACUUUCUCCAGCAUCUCCUUCACAGACACAAGUUCUCCUACGAUACCUUUGUUGAUUACAGUAUCGAUGAGGAGGCGGCGCUUCAGGCAGCUCUGGCUCUGUCUCUGGCUGAAAACUGACCCCAGUCUCACCACAGUUCCCUCCUCCCUCUGCUGUUCUCCCAUGGCUCAGAUGGUAGCCGACCCAGCAGUCCCAGACCAGAAGCUUCCCGUCCUCCUCCUGCCGUGGCGCAGCAGUUUGAUGUGAGCUUUGUGUUUGACAAGAAUGGAUCCAAUUAUGAUGUCAAGAUGAGCUACAAAAAUAAAUCGCACAUUGACUUUCCAGAGUUCAUCCGUUCACAGCUGCCGUUCGGACCCCCACAGCAUGAAGGGCUACCUCCUUGGAACAAUCUGAAACAGAGUUCUGAUCACCAACUUCCCAGGAAGUCCUGACUGCUGGUAGUCACUGUGAGCAAUCUGACUGCUGCUCAGGAGCAAACAGACUUCACUUUCUUCCUCUGCAGCCACCAACAAGAUCUACCAGUCAUCUGCACGGACAUAUGAUUGACAGCUGCACCUGCCGGACAGGAAACUGGUCAUGGCUGGAUGGCCUAUACUUGCAACAGUAGAGUGUUGUGUUGUUGGCUGACUUGUUCUUGAGCUCGGAGGUCAGACAUCCUCCCAAAUGAUAGCAAUAGAAGAUCUUUGAUUUAAGAGGCUGGAGUUCCUGUCAGGUGACGACCAGGCUCACUUCUCCCACUACAACCUUUCACCUCAGUUUUCUUUCUGUUGCCCUCCAACAUCCAGACAUGGGUGAUUCUCAGUCUAACUGCUUCUAUAUGCAGAGAAAUGUGUCUGUGAGGUUGAUGAAAGAUGGAUGAGCUUUAUUUGUAGUUUUCAUCCUCUGAAUGCAUCUUCCAGCAGAGUAAAUCCUGCUGGAUGGAAGAGAAAAGCUCCUCCAGGCCGUGAAAAUGAAAAUCAUCUGAGUUCAUCUCAGAUCAUGUCUGGAAUUAUUUGCUUUGCACACUAAAAUAAAAAAGUGGCUCAAACAACUGAA